AUCCUGGUGUAGGUGGUAUUGGGCAGCCCAGCCUAUCAGGAACAUAUAAUUUUGGCGGCCCAGGUGUUGGCCAAGGUAUGGAUGGUAAUGUGGGUCAAGCCAAUGCUGGAAUGGGACCUGGUCAACGACCUAUGGGAAUGGGGAUGCCACCUCGUUAUCCCAACCAAGAAAUGAUGGGUAUAAUUGGGUCUAUACCUCGUGGCCCACAACCUGGUCCAGGUCCGACGGGUCCUGGAGCUCAGGGAGUUCCUGGUGGUCCUCCUGUAGGGCCUCCAGGUCCGAUGCCUGGUGCCCCAGGUGCUCCAGGACAGAUGGUUCCUGGACAGCCAAGACCAAACCCAGCUGACCCUGAAAAGAGAAAAUUAAUACAACAGCAGCUAGUACUCCUCCUCCAUGCCCACAAGUGCCAGCGACGUGAAAGUCAGGCAAAUGGAGAGGUGAGGCAGUGCAACCUACCUCACUGCAAGACUAUGAAGAAUGUGUUAACUCAUAUGACCACUUGCCAGGCGGGUAAGUCAUGUCCAGUUCCUCACUGUGCAUCAUCCAGACAAAUUAUAUCUCAUUGGAAGAAUUGUGCGCGUCAAGACUGUCCAGUGUGUGAACCUUUAAAACAAGCUGACAAGAAACAACCUGGAGCUGGGGGUGUUUCAGGGCAGAUACCACCAACUGUGUCUCAAUCUGGCCCCAGCCCAGGAGGGGUUCCAGGGCCCCUGUCGGGUCCUCCAGGACCUCCAGGGCCCCCUGGUCCACCUAGUGUUACAGGUCAAAUGCCAACAGGGCCUCCAGGACAAAAUGCUGGCCCAAGACCUGGAGGUGUAAAAAGAGUGUAUGAGGGGGAUACGUUACAACCAGCCAUGUCUGGACCCCCAGGACCAACAGACUCUUUAAUGAGAAACUUAAGACCGCAGGUGCCUAGUGUUGCAGGAAUGCCUAAUGCCCAACAGGGAGCACCUGGAAGUGUUCCAGGGGCUCCUACAGGUGUACCUGGUGCACCCGUGGGUAUGCCUGGGCAGAUUGUGCGUCCAGGUGUACCUAACAAGGGACCUGAGGGGACUAUGAUGGGUACUUCCACUCCGCAGAGUAUGAGCUCGCCUGGGAUGAUGGUUAGAGGGCCCAAUGCUGGGUCUGGACCAUUAAAUACUCUUCAACAGCAGCAACAAAUUAUUGGCAAGCCUCCAAGUGUUGGCAUCAAUCAAAACAAUCCUAUUGCUUUACAAUCUUUACCUGAUUCCUGGCUGCAUCUGCCCAAUCAACCUGCACAGUUGCCUGGUGGCUUUGGAGCCGUUACUGCCAAGCCUGUUAAGGGGACCAAAGAAUGGCACCAAAGUAUAUCAAAUGAGCUGAGAAAUCACCUUGUACAUAAACUCCUGAAUACUACCAUCUCUUGGCUGAGAAGAUUUACAAAAUUCAGAAAGAGUUGGAGGAAAAGCGUUUGCAGAGGAAACAGACGACCCCACGGGAUGGAGCUCCUGGGCCCCCGGGCCCUCCUGGUCCUCCUGGUCCAGCUCCAGGAGUGGUUCCCUCAGGACCAAUUGUUGCCCCUGGUCAGAUCCUCACUCCUACAACUUCAGGAGCAUCUACCAUUGGUACAGGUGCGAUGUUUAUGGUUACAGGAAUGGUAGCCCGUCCCACAGGUCCCCGACCAACACAUCCAUCUGGGAAUCUGAUUCCCACCAAUCAUCCCAUGGCUAACAACCAAGUAUCUCAACCUACAUCAAUUUGUCAACCUAAUAAUCAGAUGGUAAUAGGUCCUCCUAUUAGUGGACCAAUUACCACCACUACUGCAAGUAAUAACAGCACCAUUGUUAAUUCGGGUCAAUUCCCAGGUUCUGUUCCGCAUGGGGAUAUGAUAUCUGGCCCUAGACCCAGUAUUCCUCCUCCACCAUAUAGCACGCCUAAUGAUUCAUCAGUCAUGAAUCAGAUGCCUAACCGGACCUCUCCAGUCAUACCUGUGUCUUCAGUUGCGGCCACUUUAGGUAUUCCUAUGGGCCUAUCUUCUCAGUCUACACCAAGCUCUAUGUCUAGUGUCUCAAGUAGUGAAAAUUCCUUUCCUCCAACUUCCCAGCCUAGCAUGAUCACCACAAAUGCUAAUAGUGAGAAUACAGUUGUACCUACGUCCAUUCAUACUAAAGAUAAUGCUAUGGGCAAUCAGUCGACUCCAGCAGAAAUGACUGAUGAUAAGUCAGAUGUUAAGCCAUGUAAGAUUCAGAUCAAAACUGAAACUUUGGAUAUUAAAACUGAGCCUGAAGAAUCAGAAGGCAAGCAAAUUAAAACUGAAAUUAAGCCAGAACCAAUGGAGGUUAGUGCUGCUCCAGAAGAAAUCAUUGUAAAAAAAGAGCCUUAUAUUAAGGAAGAACCAAAAAGUCCGGCACGUACACCAAGUGAAUCUUCUAGCUCAAAUGAAGGUAGCAAUAGCAAGGGUGAUAAACCUGCAAACAGCGGAAUUACUCCGAGAAGACCACCACCACCACCACCUAAGCCAGCUCAAGUUAUCUCUGCUGCUUCCAACAAAGAUAGAGCGCCUUUGUUCAAACCCGAUGAACUAAGGCAACAUCUGGUGCCCACUUUAGAAAAACUAUAUCGGCAAGAUCCUGAAUCUAUUCCUUUUCGUCAACCAGUUGACCCUCAAGCUCUUGGAAUCCCAGAUUACUUCGAUAUUAUUAAGAAGCCUAUGGACUUGUCUACUAUCAAACGAAAGUUAGACACUGGCCAGUACACUGACCCUUGGGACUAUGUUGAUGAUGUGUGGCUAAUGUUUGACAAUGCGUGGAUCUACAAUAGAAAAACUUCCCGUGUCUACAGAUACUGCACAAAACUUGCAGAAGUAUUCGAAGCCGAGAUUGAUCCAGUAAUGCAACAAUUAGGAUAUUGUUGUGGUCGCAAGUAUACAUUCAAUCCACAGGUGCUUUGUUGUUAUGGGAAGCAGCUCUGCACUAUUCCUCGGGAUGCCAAGUACUUCAGCUACCAGAACAGAUAUACUUACUGCUAUAGAUGUUUUAAUGAUAUCCAGGGAGACAGCAUAACCUUAGGAGAUGACCCAUCUCAGCCAGCUCUGAUGAUUAAGAAGUCCCAGUUCACGGAGAUGAAAAAUGAUGCCCUGGACUUGGAACCUCUGGUAGAGUGCCUUGAAUGUGGCCGAAAGCAGCACCAGAUUUGUGUACAGUACAUGGAGGCUAUCUGGCCACAAGGCUUUGUCUGUGAUGGUUGUCUCAAGAAAAAAAACGCACUACGUAAAGAAAAUAAGUUUACUUCUAAGAAACUGCCUACUACAAAACUGAGCAAUUUCUUGGAAACUCGGGUCAACAACUUCCUAAAGAAAAAGGAGGCUGGUGCUGGUGAAGUUUAUAUUAGGGUUGUGUCUUCUACAGAUAAAAUAGUUGAAGUCAAAGGAGGCAUGAAAACAAGAUUUGUGGACACUGGGCAACUUGCUCCUGAGUUCCCCUAUCGUGCCAAAGCUCUAUUUGCAUAUGAAGAUAUUGAUGGACAUGAUGUAUGUUUCUUCGGUAUGCAUGUGCAGGAGUAUGGGUCUGACAGUCCUGUACCAAAUACUCGCAGGGUGUACUUAGCUUAUCUAGAUAGUGUACAUUUCUUCAAACCAAGACAAUAUAGAACUGCAGUCUACCAUGAAAUUCUCCUAGGUUAUCUUGAUUAUGUUAAACAGUUGGGGUACACAAUGGCACACAUUUGGGCGUGUCCACCAUCAGAGGGAGAUGACUAUAUUUUUCACUGCCAUCCUAGUGACCAGAAGAUUCCUAAACCAAAGCGCCUGCAAGAAUGGUACAAGAAGAUGCUUGACAAGGGUAUAAUAGAGAGAAUAGUUCUAGAUUAUAAGGAUAUCCAUAAACAAGCCUUUGAAGACAACAUGAAAUCACCUGCAGAGUUACCCUAUUUUGAAGGUGACUUCUGGCCCAAUGUGAUGGAAGAAAGCAUUAAAGAACUAGACCAAGAGGAAGAAGAAAAGCGAAAACAGGAGGAGGCAGCAGCAGCUGAAGCUGCAGCACAGGCAGCUAUGGGGCAAGAAGAGGAGGAGGAAACCAGUCAAGAUGGUAAAAAGAAAGGGCAAAAGAAACACAAAAAUAAGAAUAAAAAUAAAAGUCAGCAGAAGAACAAGUCGAAAAGCAAGAGUAAUGCAGCAGGCUGUAAUGACCUUGCUCAAAAAAUAUUUGCUACAAUGGAGAAACAUAAAGAUGUAUUCUUUGUAAUAAGAUUGCAUAGUGCACAGUCUGCUGUUAGUUUGCCUCCUAUUCAAGACCCUGACCCCAUCAUGGUUUGUGAUCUCAUGGAUGGUAGGGAUGCCUUCCUCACCUUGGCUAGUGAGAGACACUUAGAAUUCUCAUCGUUACGCCGUGCCAAGUACUCCACAAUGAUCAUGAUGUAUGAGCUACAUAACCAAGGGCAAGAUCGUUUUGUGUACACCUGUAAUCAUUGUAAAGCCCAUGUGGAAACACGCUAUCACUGCCAAGAGUGUGAUGACUUUGAUUUGUGUACCUCCUGCUUCAAAGCUGAAGGUCAUUCUCAUAAUAUGAUAAAACUUGGAUUAGAUCUAGAGGAUGGAUCAGUUACCACUGAGAACAAAAACCUCAAUCCACAAGAGGCCCGUAGACAAUCCAUACAACGGUGUAUCCAGUCUUUGGUGCAUGCUUCACAAUGUAGAGAUGCAAACUGCAGACUUCCAUCAUGCCAGAAGAUGAAGCGGGUUCUAUCUCAUACCAAGUCAUGUAAAAAGAAGAAUAAUGGGGGAUGUGCAAUAUGUAAACAACUCAUUGCACUCUGCUGCUAUCAUGCAAGAAAUUGCAAAGAGCAGAGAUGUGUUGUUCCCUACUGCUUUAAUAUUAAACAAAAAUUACGGCAACAAGAGAUGCAGCAAAGGUUCCAGCAACAGCAAUUAAUGAAGAGAAGAAUGCAGCAGAUGAACGCACGGAUGGUUGGUGUGGCAGCCAAUCCGUCCAUUCCUCAACAAACUACUCCAGUACCUACACCUGUUCAGAGCCCCAUCCACAAUACUCAGCCGGGGAUCAAACCAGCUACGCAGGCACCACCUCCACCAAAUGUUAUGAAGGCAAUAGCACAGGUUCAAGAGGAAGCUGCGAGACAAACUGGGCCUGUUACUGCUGUGAGUUAUGGGAAGGGUAAUCCUGGUAAUGCUGCAGUCAGUCAAGCACCCAUGAUGCCCCCUCCCAUUGCCCCACAGCAGCAGGUCCGCCCACAAAUGCCUACCAGUGCUAUGCCACAAAUGGGUAACAUGGGACCUCAGGUCUCGCAAAUGAAUCCCAUGGGUAAACCUAAUGCAGUUAUGCAACAGCAGCAGCAGCAACAACAGCAGCAACAGCAGCAGCAACAACAAAAUAGAGUUCUACCUGGAAUGGAGCAGUUAUGGAACAGGUACCCGAAUCCAGGUCCUGGUGGUAUUAUUGGGCAGCAACAACAAGGGCAAGGUGGUGGUAUCAGACCAGGGAUGAUGACUCAACCCAACCCUAUGGGCCAGCAAGGAGGACCUCCAGGCCCAGCUGUGAUGGGCCCUCCUGGACAACCUGGGCAGCCUGGUCAGCCAGUUCAGCCAGGUGGACAGCCACAGCGAAAUGCAACACAAGCCUUACAGCAGCUUUUACAAACACUGAAGAAUCCCUCAGGACCACAUCAACAGUCUGAGGUUCUGCAGAUACUCAAAACUCAUCCUCAGUUAAUGGCAGCUUUCAUCAGACAUCGCCAAUUACAGCAACAAAGUCAACAGCAACAGCAGCAGCAACAACAGCAACAGCAGCAACAGCAGCAGCAGCAACAACAGCAACAACAAAACCCACAGGGAGCAGGUCAACCAGGCUUGAUACCCCAAGGUGCAAGUGGAAUGCAGGGAUCUGUACAGGGGUCUAUGCAGCCCAGCAUGCAGCCAGGUGGAAUGCAACCCAACAUUCAACCAGGAGGUAUGCAGACAACUAUGCAGGGUGGUAUAGUGACCCAAAUGCCCACAAACCAACCCAUGCAGGGCCAGCCACAGACAAUGGGAGUUGCACCAACUCAAGCCAAUAUGACACAUCAGCAGCAAUGGUACCAGCAGCAAAAGCUUAUGCAGUUAAGGCAGCAACAGCAGCAGCAGCAACAACAGCAGCAGCAGCAACAGCAGCAGCAGUCUCAACCAGGGGGCUUCCAGCAACCUCAAGCACCAAUGUAUACACAAAGACGGCAGUUGAGCUUUUCACAGCAGCAUAAUUUCCAGGGUGGGGAUGGUCAGUUUGGGCAAGGUUUUCCCCAGCAGCAACAACAACAACAAAUGCUGAUGCAACAACAACAAAUGAAGCCAGUGCCACCUUCUAUGUCACCUCAGUCUGUUGCCCCAGGUAUGAUGCCUCCUGGGUCAGCCAUGACAAACCCGUCCCCACAGCAACUGAUGCAAACUGUUACAUCACCCCCACCAAGUAAUUUGCCACAGACAGUGCGGUCACCUCAACCUAAUCCUUCACCCAGAAACCAUGGUCCCAUCCCGUCUCCCCGUAUCCCAUCCCCGCGGGCGGGACCUGUUCCCUCUCCACAUCACCCAGCUCCAGUACAUUCUCCACAUCCUGGAAGUCAACAAGGCCCACCCAUGGGUGGGAGUGGUGCCCCUGGAGAUUCCAUGAUGCUCUCCCAGCUUGGGCCAGGAAGUGGGCAUCAGACUCACCAAGGGUUACCUCCUUUACCACCUGCCAAUAACCAGCAGAUGGGUGUCAUGGUUGCCACCUCUGAGGCAGAUGUUACCCCACAAGACAAACUCUCUAAGUUCGUGGAGACAUUAUAGUACCAGUGUGCUACUUAGCCCUUGUAAAUAAUCCCUUGUAAAUAUUUUGUAAGUAAGUCAUGGAUUCUCAUAAAGACUACAAAUUGUGAUUGUUAUUUUUGCAGUGCUUUCUAUCUGCAAAACAGGAAAGAUAUUAUGCUUCCUUGAAGCAAACCCAGAGGAAUAUACUGCAGAUCCUGAGCUAUAAACUCAUGCCAUUUCCUUAAAAGACACUUCACUUACCCUUCAGGGUUUUUUCUAAGCUUAUGAAAGACUAAAAAUAAACUCAGUGGUUACAUUUAAAAAAUUGAAAUGGAAAAUUUUAUUACAGUAACUUUGUACAAUUUUGCAUUAGUCAUUAAUUUUGGGCAGUUGCUGUCAUGUUUAUAAUUUGAAGAGUGCAAAUAGGUCUUUUUGCCAAGGUAUUAGCUAGACACGUUUGGUGCAUUCUAGCUUGCUGAACUACUAGAGCAGGAUGUACUAUGGGAUUGAGUCUGUACAUUUCUGCACAAGUGAUAAAAGGAUGUAAAUGUAAAAAGUUUUGUUAAUACCCUGUGCCCAUGAAACUCCCAAAACUACAGACUGCGGUGCAGGCACAACCUCAACAGUGACCUCCCUGUAUCUUUGACAUUCCCUGUAGGUAACACACUUGCCGUGGGGAGGUUUGCUGUCUGCUAGUGCUGUCAGUUUGACUGAACAGGGGGGGGGAGGGUAAAAAGGGAACGUGUUCACAUACCGCGGACUCGAGGUAUAGCUGCUGCUGCUGCCACCAUCAUCCCUAACAAACUAGUACAGUGUCCACUGCUGGUCCAUUUCAUGCCCAUCAACCUCUCAAAGGAAGGAUAUUGAAAUGGGUAGCAAAGUGAGAUGGAAGGUGUGUGGGUGGGGGAAGUUGCAGCCAGUUUUCCUCCCGUCACAACGCCUCACCCACCUGUCCUCUAUACAAUUCUUUAAUUUAUUUCUCUUUAAAGAUUUGGUAAGUUUGUUUUCACAUUUUCCAACGCUCAACGUGAUGUAUGUAUGUAAAUUGUUGAUUGUAUUGUCUAACAACACCUGCUCAUUGGAAGUCCCCGUUCUUGUCCUGUAUAAUUGUAUUUUAAUGGGCAUAAGAAAUUUUUUAAUUGUCUGGUCCCCCACUUUGUUAUGUUUAAUGUUGACCAAUGAGGAAGUGUUGAACAGAGGAUUUGAUUAUUUUAUAAUAAAUAUAUGACAAAUGA